ACGUGCUGCGGCGAGCUCCGUCCAAAAGAAAAUGGGGUUUGGUGUAAAUCUGGGGGUGUAAUGUUAUCAUAUAUCAAGCUACCUCGUAAAACCGACACUGAAAGCUGCCGGACAACAAAUCACAGGUCAAAAUUAUGAGUUCUUCGUAUUAUGUGAACGCGCUUUUUAGCAAAUAUACGGCGGGGGCUUCUCUGUUCCAAAAUGCCGAGCCGACUUCUUGCUCCUUUGCGCCCAACUCGCAGAGAAGCGGCUACGGGGCGGGCACUGGCGCCUUCGCCUCGACCGUACCGGGCUUGUACAAUGUCAACAGCCCCCUUUAUCAGAGCCCUUUUGCGUCUGGCUACGGCCUGGGUGCCGACGCCUACGGCAACCUGCCCUGCGCCUCCUACGACCAAAACAUCCCCGGGCUUUGCGGUGACCUCGCCAAAGGCGCCUGCGACAAGGCGGACGAGGGCACGCUACACGGCCCUGCCGAGGCCAAUUUCCGCAUCUACCCUUGGAUGCGGUCUUCAGGACCUGACAGGAAGCGGGGACGCCAGACCUAUACGCGCUACCAGACGCUGGAGCUGGAGAAGGAGUUCCACUUCAACCGCUACCUGACGCGGCGCCGCCGCAUCGAGAUCGCCCAUGCGCUCUGCCUCACCGAGCGCCAGAUCAAGAUCUGGUUCCAGAACCGCCGCAUGAAGUGGAAGAAAGAACAUAAAGAAGAGGGUCCGGCUGCCCCCGAGGGUCCCGUGCCCUCUGCUACUGCCGCUGCUACCGACAAGGCUGACGAUGAGGACAACGAAGAGGAGGACGACGAGGAGGAAGAAUGAGGGGCCUAGCUGGGGACCCUCAUUACACCGGACAGUCAGAAAAGCGUCUUUAAGAGACUCAUUGGUUUUAUUUACAAAUGUGGGAGAAAUAAAAAGAAAAUGUAAAAAGAAAAAAAAAAACCCACCCUAGUUCCCAACCUGCACUCCACCCCACUCCAGCUCCCAACAUUUUUGGGCUGAGUGGCUACCAAGACUGGGUCGCCUUGGUGAUUUCCUCUGCUUCUGAGGAUCCCAACAGACACCCCCAAUCCCAGGUCAGCCAGCCCUUCACUGGCGUGGCCAAAAUACUACCUAGCACAGGCCUCAGCGAGAGGCACCCCAAACUACCUAUGGGCCAAGCCCCUGAGGGCCUUCAAUCCCAGGAAGCCUGGACGUGUCCCUACACUGGCAGAUACCCAGCACCACCCACUAUGCCCUAAAGAACAUGACUCUCAGUACUACCUACUCCCCCCAAACUACCUAUUUUGUGCUGGCUGGCUUGCCUGCUACCUAGUGCCAGCCCCUCACAGGCCAGGCUUCUGCUGCUUAUAGUGGACAGCCUUUGGAGUCCUUGAGGCUACUCUGAGAAUGCGCUUGGGUCCAGGGACCAGGGCAUUGGCUUCUAUUUAAAUUGAAAAAUAAUAUAUUUAUUCCAAAGCAUUCUAAGUGCUGCAACAUAGAAUCCCUCCUUCUCUGGCUUGGCACCCGAGGUUCAGGACUAUCACCCUCCACUUCUGGAGGGGAGCGUUCCUGAGCUAGCUGCAUACCUCUGGGUUCGCUUCUGCUUAGUAGGACUAUGGAGAUGGUCCCAGCUUUGCUGUCAUCUCCUCUGGCCCCAGUGUCCUACUGUUCCGCUAUAUCAAAUAUGUACACCCUGUCUUUCCUACAAUAGCAAAUACUGUAUAUUUGAACAAGAUUUUUUUUUCAUUUCUAUAGUAUUGGAGUUCAUUUGUAAGGCAAUGUCUUGACUCAGAAGAAUGUGUUAACGGGGUGACUUUGUAGCAUGGUGUGUUGUCUUGAGCUAACUCUGUAGUGGGUGGGGAGGUCUAAUGCCUUCCUCAGUGCCCUUCAUCUCCUGUGUUGUCUUGUGUCCCCCCUCAACUCCACCCUGGGGAUCAGGGAAGGCAAGCCUCCCCGCCCAGCUAACCGUGUUUUAUGUAACAGAAAAAUAAAGAUGCUUGGUGACAAAG